GCACCCUGUGCAUGCACACAGUUUUUAGAUUGAAUGCCUGAAUUAUUGUUUAUAAUGUGCGUUUUCUAAAUAAAAGUUACUUGCUUAAGUUAAGGACCUUAGACUUUUGGAUACUGCGUGAGCAUGAGGCGUCACUUACAGCUGGGCAUUAAACAGCUAACCGCCGGUUACAUCAAUGGCCAAUUGUCGCCGCUGUCUGUGGCGGAGCAGGCGCUGCAGGAUGCCAGCAACCUGAAGACGUUGAAUGCCUUUGUGUGCAUUGCAGACGAGCUGGCACUGCAGCAGGCCAAGGAGUCGGCGCAACGCUAUGCGGAACAGCGAUCCCUCGGCAGCCUGGAUGGCGUCCCCAUAGCUAUUAAGGAUAAUUUCUGCACCAGCAAAGUGCCCACAACUUGCGCCUCCCGCACGCUCCAGGAUUUUGUGCCGCCCUACGAUGCGACUGUCUGUGCACGUUUGCGUGAAACCGGCGCCGUUUUGCUGGGCAAGACGAAUAUGGAUCAAUUUGCGAUGGGCGCCGGCACAGUUGACUCCAUUUAUGGGCCAACCAAAAACAUUUGGAGCGAGUCCUUUAGUGGCGACAAUUGGCGCAUAGCGGGCGGCAGUUCCGGCGGAUCCGCGUCAGCUGUUGCAGCUGGUUUGUGUUAUGCCGCAAUUGGAUCUGAUACGGGCGGAUCUACACGCAAUCCCGCCUCUUAUUGCGGCGUCGUGGGUCUUAAGCCCACUUAUGGACUUUGUUCGCGCCAUGGCCUAAUACCGCUGGUCAAUUCAAUGGAUGUGCCCGGCAUAUUAACGCGUUCGGUUAGCGAUUGCGUUGAAGUGCUAAAUGCUAUUGCCGGACCGGAUUCACUGGAUUCCACGACCAUACGACAGCCAUACAAGAAGCUCCAAUUGCCGGAAGUUGAGCAAAUUGAUUUGCGUUCCCUGCGCAUAGGCAUACCCAAAGAAUAUCACUGCGAUGGACUUUCCACCGAAGUGCUAGAAACCUGGACCAAGGUGGCCGAUUUGCUGGAGUGCGCCGGUGCCAGUGUGUGGCAGGUAUCAUUGCCCCACACAGCGGCCAGCAUAUUCGUCUACUCCAUUCUGAAUCAGUGCGAGGUGGCGAGCAAUAUGGCGCGGUACGAUGGCAUCGAGUAUGGACACCGUGCCGACGAUGAGCGCAGCACCGAACAGCUAUAUGCCCAGACUCGUGCCGAGGGCUUCAAUCAAGUGGUCAAAACGCGCAUAUUGACGGGCAACUUUUUGCUGUUGCGCAAAAACUACGACCAUUACUUUGAGAAGGCGUUGCGUGUGCGUCGUUUGAUUGCCGAAGACUUUGCCAAGGUGUUUGAGGCGUCGUCAGCGAAUGAGCAGGUGGACAUACUGCUAACGCCGACAACGUUAAGUGAGGCGCCGCUUUACAAGGACUUCAGGGCACUUAGCAAUCGCGAUCAGUGCGCUGUGCAGGACUUUUGCACACAGCCAGCCAAUAUGGCAGGCAUUCCAGCUGUCUCGAUACCCGUGCGUUUGUCCAAAGCUGGCUUACCGCUCAGCCUGCAGCUGAUGAGCAACAGCCUCAAUGAACAGCUGCUGCUCACUGUGGCUCGCUGGAUUGAGGCUCAGGUUGAAUUUGAUUGUCUAGAGAGUUUGCAGCGGCAUACAGCGAGCUUGUGAUUUGAUAAUUUAAAAAAAAAACCGAAUUAAGAUCUGUU